AGACGGGUCAAAUUUACCCAGCUAAUUAAGUAUCAUUCCAUCUCAUGUAUGGUUCGAGAAAAUAGAAAGGAACUAGAGAGAAGAAGUUCAUCGAUGUAUCUAACCGUCAAUUUGAGACCGUGAAUUUGAGGUAGAACUCCAUCCAUCCGUCCAUUCCGUCUCAUCUAAAAAAUCUCCACUGGUCAUCUCUCCGUCACUUCGCAGUCCCGUUCCCAAGCGCCACCCUCUGCCAGAUCCCGGCUGCUCAAGCGCGACCGCCGGCCGCCGACCCUCCCAUCUCUCACCCAUGACCCAACUGCCGUCGCCCGCCCCUACACUAUCUCCCAUCCAAGCACCGACGUCCGCCAGUUGGAUGCAGAUGCAGGAUUGGUCGGCCGCCGCCCGCCGGUGGGUGCUCGGGGAUCCUCAACGCCACCGAGCCAAUGAGCUUCCGGCGAGCUGAUUCCCUACACAGAGAAGUCCACUCUUGCUUGUAUAUAGAACGUCGUCUCCCUCCCAAGUCAGCAGAGAGUGGAGCUGGUCAGCUGGAGCUGGAGCUGGAGCACAAACCUGUUCCUCCUCUUGUUUCGCUGCUGCUAGCUAGGUAACAAGCUACCACUUCCUCCUGACCAUGGCGGUGGUGCUGGGUGCAUUCGCGGCCAAGCUGGCCGGCAUCCUGAUGGGCAUAGCGAAGGAGGAGGUGGAGAUGCUCCUCGGCAUCCCUGGCGAGAUCACCAAGCUCGAAACGAUGCUCGGCGACCUGAGUGCCAUAAUGGAGGAUGCUGAGAUGGCACGCAUCCGAAGCAAUGCUGUGGAGAGGUGGGUCAGGGAGCUCAAGGAUGCCAUGUACGACGUCGACGACAUCCUCGACCUCUGCCAGAUCAUGGAGGGUCCUGGUGGUGGAGAGGAGGAUCCCAUAGCAGCUCCAAGCAGAACUGCUUCUUCAAGGUGCUUCAACAUCUUUUGCUUCCACAGCCCCGUCGCCGCACAUGAGAUCGGGAGGAAGAUCAAGGCGCUCAACAAACGGCUGCGCGACAUCGCGGAUAGGAGCUCCCGCUUUGGGUUCAUCGUCCGGGAGCUCCACUCUUCCAUUCUUCACUCCACCAACAGAGCUGCUGCAAGCUCUUUGUUGGGCUCGUCGGACAGCAUCGUCCGAUCUGGUGUCGUGGGCGACAAGGUCGAGAAAGACGCGCGGGACCUCAUCGCCCUGCUUCUGCAGGAGGUGGACACUGAUGCCCACAGAACCAGCAGCGGCAAUGUCACUGUCUCCGCUGUUAUCACAGGUGCCGGCGGCAUCGGCAAGACCACCCUUGCCAGGAUGGUGUUCAACGACGGCAAGGUGGAGCAGAGCUUUGAUGAGCGGAUAUGGCUGAGCAUCAACAAGGGAGUUGACCAUCUUAGUGUCCUACGGAACGUCGUUGCCGCACUUCAUGGCGGCAGCUAUGGCGGUGGUGGCAGCGCCGCGAGUGACAGCAGGGCCCUGCUGGAAUGUGCUCUGAAGCAGGCGGCGCGGCGAAAAAAGCUGCUAGUGGUGAUGGAUGAUGUGUGGAGCGAGGACGUGUGGAGUGGCCUUCUUAGAGCACCGCUUGCAGACGCUGCUGCACCGGGGAGUCGAGUGUUGGUGACCACUAGAAAUGAAGUCGUCGCUCGCAAAAUGAAUGCGCGCCAUCUCCACCGAGUUGGCAAGCUAGAAGGCGAUGAUGCUUGGGUCCUACUAAAAAAGCAGGUAGUGUCUGAUGAAAUUGAUGAAGUUGAGGUUGAUGGAUUAUUAAAGGAUGUUGGGAUGAUGAUUGUGGAAAAAUGCCAGGGAUUGCCGCUGGCAAUUAAGGUGCUUGGAGGGCACUUGUUCCACAUCAGAAAAACAAGAGAUGCUUGGGAGCAUGUCCGUGACCACUUCGCAUGGUCGAUAUCAGGAAUCGACGAUGAUAUCAACAAGGCUGUCUACUUGAGUUAUGCGGACUUGCCUCCAGACUUGAAACAAUGCUUUGUAUACUGCUCACUUUUCCCUACAAAUGAACCGAUCAGACGCGAAGAUAUAGUCAAUCUCUGGAUCUCAGAAGAAUACGUGAACAACAAAACGACAGCGUCAUCAGAGCUAUUUGAAGAUGUGGGGCUAAAGCACUACAGAGAGUUGGUCUCAAGGAACCUCUUAGAACCGAAGAAAGGGGCCUACGGUCAGUCAGCAUGCACCAUGCAUGAUGUCAUCCGCUCCUUUGCCCAGUACAUAACAAAACAUGAAGGGGUCCUUGUUGGUGAGGGCCAGGAUGCCAAUAUCGCUCUUGCUGCUGCUCCAAAGAUCCGUCGCCUAUCUAUUUCAAACAAGGUGGUAGAGCCCGGCAUUCUGCGAAAACAGGUAUCCCUUAGAACACUGAUGUUAUUCGGAAGCACUGUGGUUAAUUCAAAGGAGUUAUGGAGCAACCUUUCAUCAUGCCUAAGAGUAUUGUAUCUAGAUAAUGUAAAUCUUGAUGAGCUGCCAGACUCCAUAAGCCACCUCAAACAUUUGAGACGCUUGAGCCUUCGCGCUACAAGCAUUUCCACGAUCCCUGAAGUCAUAGGAGAUCUUCAGUUUUUGCAAGGCAUUGAGUUUGUGAUGUGUAGCAACAUCUCACGGCUUCCUGAUAGCAUCUUGAAGCUACGGAAGCUAAGGCUACUCCACAUUAGAGGCACCAAGAUAAGCUCAGUUCCUCGUGGUUUUGGAAAGCUGAGAGAUCUGGUCAUAAUGGCGGGCUUUCCAACCCAUUCGGAUGAUGGCGCAGAAGGUUGGUGUAGCUUGGAAGAGUUAGGGCCUCUGACAAAGCUCAGAUUCCUAGAUAUAAUAGGUUUGGAGAAGGCACCUUCAGGUUCAGUGGCUGCUAGAGCAAAGCUUUGCAACAAAGAGCACCUAGAAGAGCUGAACAUGAGAUUUGCAAGUCAGCUCGGAGACAACGGAGAGCUCAAACGAGGCAACAUCAGCAGGGAGGAGCAAGACCGAGCUGAGCAAGUGUUGGGUAACCUAUGUCCUCCUACCUGCAUAGAAGAACUUGUCAUCAAAGGUUACUAUGGGUUGGGCUUACCACAGUGGGCCUGGAUGAUGCCAGCCUUAUUCCGUGGCUUAAGGCGGUUGGUCCUGGAGGGCUACUUGUGUUGCGACGAGCUGCCAUAUGGACUGGGCCAGCUCCCCUUCUUGGACUACCUCUGGGUCGAUCAAGCUCCGGCCAUCCAAUGUAUUGGGCAUGGUUUCGUCCUCACUCCCUCAAUCGAUGGCCAGGACAAUGCAGCAGCAGGAGUAGUGACAGACUUGAUCAUGAGUAGGCAGUUGCCUGCUAGUCUUAUCUCUCGUGGUACUGGCUUUGCAUUUCCCAAGCUGACUGCACUGGGUUUCGAGGGCAUGUCAGGAUGGACAGAGUGGGACUGGGAGCAGCAGAUACCGGCAAUGCCUGCUCUGGAGGGGCUUACGAUCGAUGGCUGCAAACUGCAUCGUCUUCCUCCUGGACUCUCACGCCAUGCAACUCAGCUGACGCUCUUGGACCUAAGAAAUGUGCUGAACCUGGUCACCGUAGAGAGCUUCCCUUCCCUCACUGAGCUCAAGUUAUGGGACAACCCAAUGCUAGAGAGUGUCAGCAGCUGCCCAAGGCUGCACAAGAUCACCAUCUGCAGUUGCCCAAUGCUGAAGCUACUAGAGAAUCUGCCGUCACUCAGAACAGCUGCGUGGAUGGAUUUGUGCACUGAGACGCUGCCAACAUACUUGCAAGAGGCAGAGCUAAGCAAAUUGAAUGUACAUUGCAGGCCCAGCCUGUUCAAGCUGAUAUCAUUGCAGUAUGACACCCCUGAAUGGGGGAAGGUCCAGCAUGUCCAGCGCAUGAAGGUGUUUGCCAUGGAAGCACCAGAAGAUGGGUUAAAGGGCUAUAUGGACUACACCAAGGAGCCAUAUUCUUUUUAUGCGCACUUGUUCUGAAGUCCGCAGAUGAAGACGAGAAGGUGACGAGGAAUACAAGAGGAAUAUUGCAGAAAGAACGCAAGAAAAUGUCAAAUGGAAGUGAAGCUUCAGAUUGCUAUAAGAGAGAGGGAAUCAUUUUGUUCCAUUCCAUCGAACCGGAUGGUACGUACGGAAGAGAGAAACUAAUUUUCAUUCCUUUGCUAGAAUUGAUUUUUUUUUUGGUUUAUGGAAUUAGGUAGUAGAAUGUUAGAAACUUUUUUUCCUUGUCUGGAUCCCUGAAUUAUGUAGUAGAGGAUUUUUGUGUUCCUCGCCAGAGUCUACCAGAUGAGCUCUAGAUAUAUUAAGCUUCAUCUUCCAUUUUGUUGACCAUCUAUGUUUUAUAUAUUAAGCUCGUGAGGGAAAAUAUAUUUCACGGUGAAUUUGUUUGUUUUAUUAAUGUGACUCCACCCAUUCCAAAAUAUAAGUUGUUUUGAAUUUUUUAGA